AUGGAUCGUUUUAAGAAAUUUUUUAUCAAAAGACAAACUGAACUACCUAUUGACGAUUUAGAGACUGAACUUGAAAGAAAAGAACGAUGGAGGAGUGUUUACAUGAUUUAUUUUACUAUGUUCUUGAUGUCACUUGGUUUCAGUAUUAUACUUACUGGAGUUUGGCCAUACUUAGGCAAGCUGGACCCUACUGCAGGAAAAGAAUUUAUGGGUUACGUAGUGGCAGCCAAUCCACUUGGACAAAUGUUGUUUUCGCCUUUGGUAGGUUGGUGGGGUAAUAAAAGAGGAUCAGUAAGAUUGCCGCUUUUAGUAACUUUAGCACUGUUUACUAUCGCAUCAGCAGCUUAUAGUAUUCUUGAAAUGAUACCUGGUGAUAAAAAGAGUUACAUGCUUGUUGCUAGGUUUUUCGUUGGCGUUAGUUCCGCUAAUAUUGCUGUAGCAAGAUCUUAUCUGUCUGCAGCUACAAAACUUUCAGAACGCACACAUGCAGUUUCUAUGGUAUCUCUAGCACAGGUUCUAGGUUUUGUGGUAGGUCCUGGAUUGCAGGCUGCUGUAACACCUCUUGGAGAUCAUGGUGUAACAUUUCUUAUGCUACCUUUAAAUAUGUACACAGUAGCUGGUUGGAUUAAUGUAAUAAUGGGAAUUUUUAAUUUUAUCUUUUUAUUACCAUGGAAUUUUAAGGAACAUAAAAUUGCAAUAAAAGAAGCAAUGCGUAAUGAAGGUAAAACUACAGAAAAAGAAACGUGGAAAGCUAUAAAACCAGACUAUUUAGCUGCAUGGACUUUAAUUUGUGGAUUCUUUGUUUUGGUUUUUAAUUUUGUUCUUCUUGAGACUCUUGGUACUUCUCUUACUAUGGAUCAAUUUGCUUGGACUAAAAAGGAAGCGCUAUAUUAUAUGGGAAUACUAAUGAGCGUUGGAGCUGUGAUAGCUUGUAUUACAUUUACUAUGAUUGGACCACUUUGUAAAAAAUUUGCGGAACGAAAAGUAACGUUAUGGGGUGGAUUCUUCUUUAUGAUGAUUGGACGAGUAUUAUGUAUUCCAUGGGGUCCAGAUCCUCCUAUAAUUGGAGAUUUUGGACCAUAUAAUAAUAUCACGACAGAUGCCAAUGGUACAGAAAUCGUAGGAUGCCCUAUUACUCAAGAAUGGUGCCUAUAUACUCCACAAAUUACGAUUACUCAAUUUUUGAUUGGUUACGCCUUUACAUCUAUAGGUUAUCCUAUAGGAGUUACCUUGAUGCAAACAAUAUUUAGCAAAAUUCUCGGUCCACGUCCACAAGGCGUAUGGAUGGGUUUAAUGACAGGUGCGGGUUGUGCGUCUCGCGUUUUAGGUCCAGUAUUUGUAGGCUUCAUUUAUACUCGUUUAGGAACAUAUCAUACUUUUGGUAUCACUGGCGUAAUGAUAAUCAUUUCCAUGUUGUGGUUACAACUUGUAAAUAAGCGUUUGAUUGCACCAGAGUUAAAGAAAGACAAUGAAGCGCCAAACAAACAAGAAAAAGAUGUCGAAAUUCCAUUAGUUCAUUUAAGAUCUGAUAAUACUCAAACAUCGCGUGAAGCUGUAUAG